CAAGAUUGUCCUUCUUUUAAAUGGAAUACCUACGGAAUGAUAUGCACUGAAGGCUCCCCUAAAAUUUCCAUUGAUCAUUUUUCAAUCGUUGUAGCAAUACUACGAUUGCAAUACCAUGCGGGAAAACGGUUCAUCGGUGUACAUGUAUUUUUCCAGCCCCCCAAUCCACAGCGAAAAUAACCAAACGAAACGGAAAGAGAUCGCGCGCGCAUUCAAUGUUCCUACCAUUCAACCCCAUUGUAAAGAACGGUUGUAUAAAACGGUCAUAUUAAAAGAGACCUCUCUUCAAUGUAGACAUUGUGUGAAGACAUUGAGCGUUUGUGUUGUCUAUUCAAUAUGUUGCUAUCUUAUUUUAUCAGCAAACACACAAAAGGUAUGAAUGAUAACGUGGACAUAAAAAUAUAGAAAAAAAACCAACCAUUGAAAGCGGGAUCCAUGCUCAAAAGGAUCUAUUUUCAUGGGUAUUUUGUUGUCAUUAUCAAAAUAUCAACAUUGCAGCAUUAUGCUGUCACCAUUGUACGUUUAGUGUUUGGCGCGAAAGCAUCUCGGUAACGUUUCUUCAAAAAAAAUAUAUUUUCAAAUUGAUUGUAAUGUGGCGCGUAUAAGCUUGGUGUUGUGUAAUAUAAAAAUAAAAACAUCUUUGAUUUGGUGGAUGAUGUACUGUUUUGAUUUAAAAAAAAAAAAUUAAAAAGUAAAAUGUACAAUAAAAGGCAGUGAUUUAUGUCUCUAACAAAAAAGGUUUUUUAUCCAAAAAAUGUGAUUUAAGUCUGCUGUCCUCAAUAAAACACUCAGCCGGUGAACAUUAAAAUUCUGCCGAACAUUUUAAGUGUUAUUUUAGUGUCCUAUAAACGCAACAAUUUAGCAUCGUUCAAAUAUGUCCACUCAAGUAAAAGCUCAAUCCGAACACAUUAAACGGCCGAUGAACGCAUUUAUGGUUUGGUCAAGGGGUCAGCGCCGUAAAAUGGCACAAGAUAAUCCGAAAAUGCACAAUUCAGAGAUAUCUAAGAGAUUGGGAGCGGAAUGGAAGCUGUUAACGGAGUGCCAAAAACGACCAUUCAUAGACGAAGCAAAACGGUUGAGAGCUCUUCACAUGAAAGAACAUCCCGACUACAAAUAUCGUCCACGCAGAAAACCCAAAACGCUUGUCAAAUCACCGGUACCAACCAAUCAAACAAAGGAACAACAAUUACCGCCGAAAUAUCCGUUCGGGUCAUCAUUAGAACUAACUCUUGGUAUUCAACCCCGUGCUCCAAAUUUUUCAUUAGCCCAUUACCAGUUAGCAUCACCACUCGACACAACGUUAGCAUUUGACUUGCAAGCACGAUUGCAGCAAAUGUAUGCGGGCGGUUUAUAUCCACCAUGGCGAUAUUUCGGAUGUCCACCCAUAAUACCCACUGAAUCCACAACGUCGCCACCCUCACCACCCUUAGCAUAUGUAUGCGUUAAGCCACCGAAAACAUCACCGAUUCAAAGUCAACCACCGAGUGUUAUAUGACCAACUCCGUUGCGCUAUAGCGCCGAACAUUCUGUGUAAUUUUAUUAGUCGUAUAAGGAAAAUGAAUAAGCGACUUGCCAUUCGUUCUUAGUGCUAUAAAUGGAUAAACGGAGGUAAAUUGAGGAAAAUGUUUUAUUGGAAAGACACAAGUUGUUGUAAUUGUGAUAACAAAA